CAUCGAUUGAUUCCAUUUUGUCACCUUGCCACUGUGAUAUUCGAAAACAUGCAAAAGCUAGCAUAGCUCAUAAACAAGCUGAACUCAUUAUCGAGAGCCAUAGCAGUCAGGGUGGUGAAUGGUUUUUAAUUUUUGAUGCGUUGAGUUAUUUUGGAGUAGUUGAAUGAAUUGAAAUGAAUUAGCGUUCAUGGAUUUCUCGAUGAAUUCAUUUCAGGAAUUUUGAAAACUAUUGGCGCUGUUAAUUAAGAAAAUGAGUGAUAUCAGCAAAGAUGCCCAUAUUAGUUGCCAUCCUGUGGACAAGAGUGCUCCCUCUAUAGACUGUAAUCCAAAUCUAUUCGAUAAGCAUCUCAAAAGCAACUCUCCACAAACUGAAUCUACUUCUGUGGAACCCACUGCUUGCCUAAUCACGCCUCCUGCUAGCAUCCACAUUAGUCACAUGUAUGUGUAUAACUUCUCACCAGAUCAGUCGGGAAGAAAUUCUUCAGCUUUUGAUACUCCAAUUAAAACUAGGAAGUACCAGUCCCCUGCUGCGAGUAGUGGGCCGAUUUGUCGAAUUUGCCAUGAAGGAGACGGUAAAGAGGAUCUCGUAUCCCCCUGCAAAUGUACAGGAACCGUCGGAGUAGUCCACAAAUCCUGCAUGGAAAGAUGGUUAAGUACGAGACCUAAUACUAAUGAUAAAUGUGAAAUAUGCAAUUAUACGUUUGUUACAGCACGUUAUCCAAAGUCCAUUAUGGAGUGGAUUCGAAGUGAUGAAAAUAAUGGCCAUCAUCGGCGAAGUUUAAUGGGUGAUGUGACAUGUUUUAUGCUUCUGACUCCUUUGGCUAUUGUUAGCAGUUUCUUAUGUGUUGAAGGAGCCAAGAGACAAGUGGUAUGGGGUAAUAGCUUAGAAGCUGGAUGCCUCAUGGCCUUAGCCACAUUUCUCAUUACAAUAUAUUUCGUUUGGAAUAUAUUAACCUUAAGAUAUCACUUGAAAGGUUACCUGAGAUGGCGAGCAAUGAACCACAAUGUAAAACUUCUAAGAGUCCAGAGAGUCUCCACUGCUACCAAUGGUAGCACAAGCAACUCUCAAGGCGAAUCAACAGUUUCUCAGGUUUUGGAAAAUGCUGGAUCUCCAACAGUUUCCAUUGCGAUACCUGAUCCCUAAAGAAUGUGAUCUAGACAUGAUUUUUGACUCGUUUCUAAAUACAUCGUGCAUUUGAUACGAAACGGGAUGAUCGAUUUUUAAGCAGCAGCAGCAUUCAGUGAAAUCUGUAUGGUAUUAAGAAAAUAGAAAUUAUAGUUUAAGAUUUCUUGGCUUUUAUAAGAGUUUCUGUUAUGUUUACUGGCAUAUUCUGUUCUUUUCAUAAAUUAGAAGUUUAAAAGUUUGUAAAGGAAACAUUCAGAUGUUCUUAUUUUAUUCUACUUUUAUUUAAUUUGAUAUUGAAUAUUGUGUUAAAAUUUGUAUGGAAGAAGUAUUUUGAUUUGCACUUCAAAUUUCUAGCUCAAAUUUACCUUCUGAUUAAUUUCCAAUCUGAUUGUUACAUGAUUAAUGUAUUUUUGUUUA